UCAGACUUUAGGUAGAAGAAAGAAAGCACAAGCAGCGAUGGAGUUUUGAUCAAAGGUAGCAAAGAAAGAAGCAUAGUUCUUGCAAAACAUGCCUUGGAUCACUGUUGUAGCAUCGUUCUUGAUCCCAGUGCUGGGAACUCUGUGGAUCUGGAGGUAUUUCUCACGGGAACGCUAUGAUCCACCGCUGCCUCCCGGAAGCAUGGGACUCCCACUUGUGGGCGAGACGCUCCACAUUUUGCACGCCAUGAAAACGAGCACGCUAUGGGAGUUUUACGGGGCUCGGGAGAAGAAGUAUGGCCCUAUUUACAAGACACACAUCUUCGGCCGCCCCACGAUCGUCGUGAGCCCUCCUCUGGGAUUCAAGCUUUUGUUCUCCAGCCAUGGCAAGCUCGUCGAGAGCUCCUGGCCGCAGCCCAUGAGGACGCUCUUGGGCGACAAGUGUUUGUUCUUCAUGGAGGGCCAGAAAGCCAAGAGCUUUCGUCACAUUCUCCUGGCGUUCCUCGGCCCGGAUGCCAUACGGCGGUAUGUAGAGAGGGCGAGCGUGAUCAUCCAAGAACACAUUGACAAGUUUUGGAUGGCUGGAUCGGAGGUGAAGGCUUACCCCCUCGUGAAGAAGGCCUUGUUCUCGCUCGUCUUUAGCUUGUUCUUGAGCAUCUCGGACGAGGAGGAGGAGAGGGAGCUCCUGGCUCCUUUCCAGGAUUUCUUGCAAGGGUUGCUUGAGCUGCCGAUCGACUUGCCAGGGACAAUGUUUCGUCGCGCAAAAGUUGGACGGGCGAAGAUCUUUAAGAAGCUGGACGAGUACAUAAGCAAGAGAAAGAUCGAGCUAGAAACUGGCAACGCAUGGCCUCAACAGGAUUUUCUCAGUGUUCUCUUGACAACCAAGGGAGAGGAUGGAGAGCCCAUGACCAAGGAAGAGAUCAAACAAAACAUUCUCAUGUUGGUCAUGUCAGCCCACGAUACCACCGUAAGCUCCUUGUUAAGUUCCAUGAAAUACAUAGGAGAGAAUCCAUGGUGCUACGAUCGACUUAGAGAAGAACACGUCUCCAUUGCGCUUGCCAAAUCUCCAAAAGAGCCACUCACUCACAGCGAUUUGCAAAAGAUGGACUACACUUGGAGGAUCGUCCAGGAAGCCAUGCGCUUGGCUCCUCCCGCAGCUGGAAACCUCCGAAGGGCGACCACUGAAUUUACCAUGGAUGGAUUCACGGUUCCAAAGGACUGGCAACUUAACUGGACUGUGUUUCGCAGCCACAAGAAAAAAGAGUUCUUUGAGGAGCCGGAGACGUUUAAUCCAGAUCGAUUCGAUCGCCCAUUGCUUCCAAACACUUACGUUCCAUUUGGUGGAGGCCCUCGCAUUUGUCCCGGAUACGAGCUCGCCAAGAUGCAAGACCGCAUUUUUCUACACUACCUUGUCACAAGGUUUAAGUGGACGUUGCUGGAUCCAAACGAGGCCAUCCACAUGACCCCACUCGCUCUUCCCGUCAAUGGCCUCGGCAUGAAACUCGUAUCCAAUCCAGUAAAAAUCUGACUUUUCGAAGGCUCUGAACGAUGGAUGAUCAUAUCAUAAGAGUAAAUAAAGAACAAGUCUUUGGCACGAA